AUGCCGUACGUAAAGGUACCUUGGCUUUCCCUUCCCAGGCUGCAAUUCCUGGUUUUCCACACGGAGGAGGUUCACGACAUGCUGAAGAUCUGGGACGGGCCCCAGGACAGCGGGAUCCUGCUGAGGGAGCUGAGCGGCUCCACCCUGCCUCCCGACAUCCACAGCACCUUCAGCUCCGUCACCUUGCAGUUCAACACCGACUUCUUCACCAGCAAGCAGGGUUUCGCGCUCCAGUUCUCAGUGUCCACAGCCACUUCCUGCAAUGACCCUGGGACGCCGGCCAAUGGGACACGCAGUGGGGACAGUCGAGAGCCAGGGGACUACGUGGUGUUCCAGUGCGAUCCCGGGUACUUCCAUCAGGGGGCGACCAAGAUCACCUGCGUGGAGAUCGACAACCGAUUCUUCUGGCAGCCAGACCCUCCUACCUGCACAGCCCCGUGCGGAGGGAGUUUAACUGGCCCGAUGGGACUCAUCCUGUCCCCAGAGUAUCCAGAGCCAUACCCUCAUGGCAAGGAGUGCGACUGGACCAUCACAGUGUCUCCAGACUACGUCAUUGCGCUGUCCUUCAACCACUUCAACCUGGAGCCGGGUUAUGAUUUCCUCCACAUCUACGAUGGUCCAGACUCCCUCAGCACUCUGGUGGGCAGUUUCUUCGGCUCCCAGAUCCCGGAACGAAUCGAGAGCAGCUCCAACACGCUCUUCCUGGCAUUCCGCAGCGACGCCUCGCUCAGCAGCAGCGGCUUUGUCAUCCAGUACACAGAGAACCCGAGGGAGUCCUGCUUCGAGCCUGGGGCUGUGAGGAACGGUACGCGGGUGGGAUCAGAUCUCAAGCUGGGCUCCACCAUCACCUUCUACUGCGACAGCGGCUAUGUGGUGGAGGGCUUCUCCACUCUGACCUGCAUCGUGGGGGACGAUGGCAAGCCUGUCUGGAACCAGCCCCGGCCAGCUUGCGUGGCCCCCUGUGGAGGGCAGUACUCUGGCUCUGAUGGGGUGGUCCUGUCCCCAAACUACCCCGGUAAUUACUCCAGCGGACAGAGCUGUCUCUACUCCAUUGCGGUGCCCAAGGACUAUGUUGUGUUCGGGCAGUUUGCCUUCUUUCAGACGGCUCUGAAUGAUGUGGUUGAAGUGCAUGAUGGGCCUACCCAGCAGUCCCGGCUCCUCAGUUCUCUCUCUGGGUCCCACACAGGUGAGUCAGUGCCUCUGGCCUCCUCCAAUCAGAUCCUCAUCAAAUUCAGUGCCAGAGGUCACGCCACCUCCAGAGGAUUCCACUUUGCUUACCAAGCGGUUCCCCGCACUAGUGCCACCCAGUGCAGCUCAGUCCCGGAACCGCGAUAUGGGAAGCGGCUCGGGAAUGACUUCUCUGUCUCUGCUGUGGUCCGCUUCGAGUGUAACCCAGGGUACUCCCUGCAGGGCUCCGCCGCUAUCGAGUGCCUCACUGUGCUGGGAGCCCUGGCGCAGUGGAACAGCACAGUGCCCACCUGUGGGGUGCUGUGCGGGGGUAACCUCACUGAGAGGAGGGGCACUAUCCUGUCUCCAGGGUUCCCUGAGCCCUACCUCAACAGCCUCAACUGCGUGUGGAAGAUCACUGUCCCGGAGGGAGCUGGCAUUCAGAUCCAGGUGAUCAGCUUUGUGACGGAGCAGAACUGGGACUCUCUGGAGGUGUUUGACGGAGGAGACAACACAGACACCAUGCUGGGAAGCUUCUCAGGAACGGCUGUGCCAGCCCUCCUAAACAGCACUUCACACCAGCUUUACCUGCAUUUCUACUCUGAUAUUAGCGUGUCUGCUGCAGGCUUUCACCUGGAGUACAAGACUGUUGGUCUCUCCAGCUGCCCAGAGCCCCUCAUUCCCAGUAAUGGAGUGAAACUGGGUGACCGCUACCUGGUGAACGACGUGGUGUCAUUCCAGUGUGAGCCUGGAUACACGCUCCAGGGUCACUCCCAUAUAUCCUGUAUGCCUGGAACAGUACGUCGUUGGAAUUUCCCCCCGCCUCUCUGCAUUGCUCAGUGUGGUGGGACCGCCGAAGAGAUGGAGGGAGUGAUCCUGAGCCCGGGUUUUCCAGGCAACUACCCUAGCAACAGUGACUGCACCUGGAGAGUGUCCCUGCCCGUCAGCUUUGGUGCCCACAUUCAGUUCCUCAACUUCUCCACUGAGGCGAACCAUGACUUCAUCGAGAUCCGGAACGGGCCCUUCGAUACGAGCACUGUGAUUGGCCGGUUCAGCGGGCACGAGCUCCCGCCCUCCCUCCUCACCACCUCUCACGAGACGACGGUCUAUUUCCACAGCGACCACUCACAGAACAAGCCCGGGUUCAAAUUUGAGUACCAGGCCUAUGAGCUUCAGGAGUGCCUGGACCCGGAGCCCUUUGCCAACGGGGUUGUGAGUGGCGCUGGCUACAAUGUGGGCCAGUCCAUCUCUUUCGAGUGCCUGCCAGGCUACCAGCUCGUCGGGCAAGCCAUCCUCACCUGCCAGCAUGGGACCAACCGCAACUGGGAUUACCUGUUCCCCAGGUGUGAAGUCCCCUGCGGAGGGAACAUCACGUCCCACAGUGGCACGAUCUUUUCUCCAGGCUAUCCGAGUGAAUACCCCAACGCAGUGGACUGUACCUGGCUGUUAACUGUAGACCCGGGCUAUGGGAUCCGAGUGAACUUCACUUUGCUGCAGAUCGAGAGCCCAAACGACUUCAUCACCAUCUGGGAUGGUCCCCAGGAGGAUUCCCCGAAGCUGGGGGUUUUCACAGGGGGCAUGGCCAAGGAAUCUCCCCGCAGCUCCUCCAAUCAGAUCCUCAUCACCUUCCACAGUGACUCGGCCAACGGGGGGCUCUUCCUGCUCAACUACCAAGCCUAUCAACUUCGGUUGUGUCGCCCUCCACCCACCACCCCGAAUGCUGAAAUCUUGACUGCGAGUCAAGAGUUUAAAAUAGGUGAUAUUGUGCGCUACAGGUGCCUGCCUGGGUUCUUGCUGGUGGGUAAUGAGAUCCUGACCUGCAGACUGGGAACCUAUCUCCAGUUUGAAGGACCUCCUCCAACCUGUGAAGUACACUGCCCAAUGAAUGAGGUUCUGACGGCCUCCACAGGAGUGAUCCGGAGUCAGAGCGUGGCCGGCAGCUUCCCGCACUUCCAGACCUGCUCCUGGGUGGUGAAGUUGGAGCCGGGCUUCAACGUGUCGCUCAACAUUGAGCACUUCCAGAGCAACAGGCAGUACGAUGAACUGGAGAUCUUUGACG